AUGCCUUCAGACGACGAGAUACAUUCUGAGGCACAGCUCUCGGAGCUCAUGCAAACUGUAACACGGACAUCAAUGCUACUAGAGUUGGAGGCCACUCCCUCUGAAUCUGGGUCAGAAACAACAACACUAAGGGGCUCUGCAGUUGAUUCAAAUGAAAAUCCUGACAAUAAUAGCAACAAUGUUACCCACGAAGCCGUACACGGCAAUCCAUCAUCAUAUCGAUUCCGUCGAGUAGCCUCCAAAACGAUCGUAUCGUUUGCCCCUGAUGAUCCUGAGAAUCCACACAACUGGAGCACCAGCAAAAAGAUCUUCGUCGUUAUCUCUGGCAUGAUGCAAGUCCUCAACAGCACAAUCGGUUCCUCCCUCCCUAGUGGAGCCAUCAAAUACAUAGCCAGAGACUUCAACGUCACUGACGAAACCAAGCUCGUUCUCCCCAUCUCUUUAUUCCUUGUCGGCUACGUUCUCGGUCCGCUACUUUAUGGGCCCCUUUCAGAACAAUACGGUCGUCGAUAUCCGUUACUUAUCGGUUAUGUGCUGUUCGACAUCUUCGUCAUGGCAUGUGCUUUGGCGCCGACGUUUAAUGCAUUGCUGGUUUUCAGGUUAUUCAACGGUAUGGCUGCGAGUGCACCAAUUGCAAUUAUUACAGGCACCUUUUCAGACGUUUUCGAUAAUCCAACUGUCAGAGGCAGAACGAUGGCAUGGUACAUGUCUUGCACCGCUGUCGGCCCGAUUAUCUCCCCCUUCAUGUCCGGCUUCAUUUCAACCGUCAGCUGGCGCUGGUCCUUCUGGCUCGGUCUACUUAUAGCUGGCACUUCAUGCCCACUCGUUAUUCUCUACCCCGAAACUUAUGGACCAGUAUUGCUCAAAAGUCGUGCUCGCGAACUUCGCAGGAAGACUGGUAAUAUGAGUAUUGUGGCACCCAUGGAUCUUACUCCUCAUGAUCUCCGGGCCGUGUUGACUGUUACCUUGACUCGACCUAUCCGUAUGAUUGCAAAGGAAUAUAUGGUGUCUUUGACUUGUUUGUAUUGUGCCUUAGCAUAUGCUAUUUUCUAUUUGUACUUCCAGGCUUAUCCGUUGAUUUUCGAAGGGAUAUAUGGCAUGAGCACCGGUAUAGCCGGUCUGAUCUACCUACCAAUCGCAUUAGGCUGUUUCCUCGCCUGCGGAAUCUUCAUUUGGUACGACGGCUUCCUCGCCCGCGCCAAAGCCCGCGGCACCUCCUGGGCCCAAAACGAAGACUAUCGCCGUCUCCCACUGGCCUGCGUCGGCGGUCCAUUAUACGUUAUUUCUCUCUUCUGGCUCGGAUGGACUGCAUCUCCAAAUGUUCACUGGGCCGUACCCAUGUGCUCCGGAAUUAUUUUCGGUCUAGCCUACGAAUUAAUUUUCAUGGCCAUGCUGAAUUAUCUCUCAGAUGCAUAUCAAGUCUUUGCUGCAAGCGCUCAGUCGGCGUCUAGUUGCUGCCGAAGUAUUCUGGGUGCUGUGUUACCGCUUGCUGCUAAGCCCAUGUUCUCUGCUGUGGGGAUUGAUUGGGGAUGUAGUAUCAUCGGAUUUGCGAGUUUGGGGGUUUCAGUCAUUCCGUUUGGGUUUAUCUAUUUUGGCGAGAGGAUUAGGAAUGGAAGUAAAUUGAUGCAGCAUUUGAAGGCAUUGAGAGAGGAAGAGCAGAGGGCUUGGGAGGCGGAGCAACAUGGAUUGCAAAGAGUGCAGCAGGGUACGGGAGAUAUAGAGAAGGGGUUGCAGGCAACUGUUGUAUCUCGAUGA